AUGAAUAAAGAAUUUGAUUUCAAUGAUUUAUCAAAUAAAUCAUCACAAAUUGUAAACAAAAUCUCAUCAUUUUCUAGUCCUAUUGGUUUAUCAACAUUAAAUAUUGAAAGAAAUCUUCAAGAAAUUGGUGAUACCUCGAAACAUUUAAAUGAAGUUACAUCAUCAAGAACACUUACAAACCCAUUAGAAUCAAAUAUAUUACAAGAUGCUAAAAUUACAACAAAAUACGCAUUGGAACAAAAACAAUUUACUAAAAAUUUAGCAAGUAUUAAUACAUCAUCAUUUACAGGAGUUGAAACUAUACCAACAGAUAUUGAUGGUUAUUUAAAAGAUAGAUUUGAAUAUAUUAUAUUUACAGCUAUUGGUGAUAUUCAAAAAAAAACAUCAAAAGAAUUUCAAACACAUUAUGAAGAGACAUCAAUUCAUGAUUGGAAUAAAGAUAAAAAGUAUUUAGAAGAAAUCCUUGGUCAAAAAUAUAUUAAAACCAAUCAACCAUUUGGAGCUUCACAAUAUGGCCAAUCAUCAUUAAUGCGUAGUGGAUUCGGUGGCGGCAGUUCAUCUCAAUUUAGACCAACUGCAACAAUGAAUGGUGGAUUACAAUCACAAUUUAGACCAUACCAAUCAACAACUACACCAAUUGGUGGUAAUAUAAACUCAUUUGGACAAUCAACUUAUAUUCCAAUGGAUGAUGGUCGUACUAAAUUAUCAAAUAAAAUGAAAAAGUAUGCAGAUAUUAUUCAAGAGUUUGACAUUCAUAUGGCAGAUGAGUCAAAAACAUCUGGUUUCCCAUUGGUUCAUAGACUCAAAGAUGCUAUGUUAUCAGAAGGUUCAUCAUCAACAUCAAACGUUGUUCAUCAUGCAUGGGGUUUAUUAUUAUCAUUGACCAACGAAGUAGAUAGUGGUACAUUGGAUCAAAAAACACAAACUGUUAGACAUCAACCAAAGCAACCAUCUAGACCAUCAGUAGUCGAACUCGUUAAGAGAUCAGUAUCAUUUUUAGAGAGUCAAUUUUGUCAAGUUAUCGAGAACCGUCUCCCAAAAAACUCAAAUAUAUCAUUGCCACUCAACAUCAUUCUUGCCUAUAUUAAAUCACUCAAUUUAUACACACAAGUCGAUAGCGAUAACGAAAGUUAUGAUGGAUGCUCUAUUUGGUGUAUUGUUUUCUAUCUUAUGAGAUGCGGUUAUCAUAGCGAAGCUCAAAAUUUUGCAUUGGAAAAAUGUGGAUCACGUUAUAUGGAUAUCUUAUUACCAAUUUUCAACGAUCGUUAUAAAAGUCAAGGUUGCACCAAAGAGCAAAGAGAAAGAAUUAUGCGUGAAUUUAACACUGCCAAAACUGAAAGUAAAGAUGCUUUCAAGAUCUCAGUUUUCAAUCUUUUAGCUACUGGUGAUUCAUUAAUUAGUAAACAACAAGCUGUAAUCUCUAUUCAAGACUAUAUUUGGUGGAAAUUAAACUUUAUUGGAUCUGUUGACUCUGGUAACCAACAACAACAAACUCAACUUUUAGAAAAUUUACAAACCGAUGUAAAAUCAAUCAUUGAAAAAAAUAAAGCAAACUUUGAUAAUUUAGAAGUUUUCCAAAUGCUUUUAGCUAUUCAACAAUUUGAAGAUGCUGUAGCUAGUUUAUAUCAAGCCAAUACAGAAGAUGCUUUACACAUAGCCAUCGCUUUAGAUUACUAUAGACUUUUAAGAACCUCAACUCAAACCAACAGUGUAUAUCAAUUCAACAUCAAUAACAACUCUGUCAAUCAAUACCAACAACAACAAAAAUUACAACAACAACAAUCACAACAAGAAAUUUAUGACUUUAACGAUAAAUCAAUUCGUUUAGUUUCAAUGAUCAAACAAUAUACAAAACGUUUCUCUUUCGAAGAAAGUAGAGAAGCUCUUUUCUAUUAUCUUUUAAUUACAGAUAAUAAUAUUAAAAUUCGUGAAAUUUCAGAAUUAGUAGUAUCAUCAACAAAUAGUUAUAAAUUUGCUCAAGAAUUAUCAACUUUUUCUGAAUUUAUAAAUAAACAACAAUGGAGAACUAUUAUCGAACAAUCAGCUUUAGAAUUAGAAAAUAAAAAUAAUUAUCAAGGUGCUAUCGAGUUUUGGUUAAUGAUUGAAGAAUAUGCAAGAGUUUUAGAAAUCUAUAAUAGUAGAAUUUCAAUUUUAUUAACAACUAUUUCAAGUGAAAGAGAUCAAUUAUAUCAAUUUGGUAAAGGUUUAUUCAUUAACGAUCAAACUAAAUUAAAAACUACAACAACUGCAAGAACAAGUUAUUUAGCAUUCGAACAAUUAUUAAAACUUUGUGACUUUUUCGAUUUCUUUAACAAGGGUAAAUAUACUGAGGCUUUAGAAAAAAUUGAAAAUCUUGAUAUCUUACCAUUAGAAGAAUCUAAAAUCGAUGCCAAAGUACAAGAUUAUCGUUUCCUUAGUCCACAUAUUACCAGAAAUUUCUCAUCAAUCAUUCAAGCUUAUGCAGAUAUUAUUAUUAAACAAUAUAAUUUACUUAAAAGUUAUGACGAUGUAACUUCAAAUCAAUUUAAUAGUGGUGUAUUUUCAGGUAGAAAAGAAUCAAUUCAAAAUUAUCAAUCUAGAAUCCAAUGUAUUGCUUUAUUUGCUGGUAAAAUUGAUUUCCCAAUGUCAAGUAAUAUUUUACCAAGACUUAUGAAUUAUUUUAUUUCAAUGCCAAAAUAA